CAUCACAUGCUCCGACCGACCCUGUCAGAAUGGAGGAACCUGCAUGAACGCGUACAUGGUGGGGAAGGAAAAUCGCAGUUAUCAUUGUUACAUCUGCCAUUGUACCGACUCUUUCAUCGGCCAAGACUGCGAGACGUCACUAGCAGACGCCUGCAGUUUUGAUAACCUACAUGUAUGUGAAAAUGAAGGGCUUUGCAUGGAGGAUGAUGUAAAUCCUGGUAACGUCAAGUGUGAAUGCCAGGAUGGGUAUGGCGGACUCUUCUGUGAGGAAUCUAUCCCAAACGCCUGCAUGGUUAAUAACCCUUGCCAAAAUGAAGGGACCUGCAUGGAGGAUGAAGAUAAUCCUGGUUACGUGAAGUGUAUAUGUCCGGAUGGGUGUGGCGGACUUUACUGUGAGGAAGCUAUCCCAUACGCCUGCUUGUUUGAUAACCCUUGUCAAGAUAAAGGGACCUGCAUGGAGAAUGAAGGCAAUCCUGGUAACGUGAAGUGUGUAUGUCCAGAUGGGUCUAGUAGUGGACUGGACUGUGGAGAAUCUACCCCGUGGUAUUUGAAAGCGAACGUAUCAAUAGCCGCUCUUGGUGGUUUUGCAGUAUUCACGUUACUUGUCAUUCUCAUUAUAAGUUGUGCCAAGGUGAGGGAACGGUCUUCUGCAAGGAAUGAGACAAACGUAUCCGAUCUCCUGUUCGCAGUCGGGACAACUAUGGCAGUGCUGGCAAAUUCACGUCAACGGCCAACCCCAUCGGUAAACAACUACCCCGACCCUGGGGCAGUAGCUGGUGAACUCAACGUACCGAAUAGUCCUAUGAGAGGAGUGAAUAGGGACCAAGAAAACAGGGUCCAGGGAAACAGGGUCCAGCGAAACGGGGACCAAGGAAACAAGGACCAGGGAAACGGGGACCAGCAAAACAAGGACCAGGAAAACAGGGAACCAGAUAAACAUGGACCUGGCAAACAGCCCCCUUCCACCUUUACCUGACCAACCAAGACGGAGUUUCCAUGAGUAUGCGAUCAUGUUAGGACGAUUAAUCAGACCAAGAAGGAAUCAUGAGGGGCAGCGCUAGCCCAUCUAAGAUUGGAUAGGGUGCGGGUGUCGUAUCAUAGUUUGUUUACAAAAACAAAAUAGCAUCUCCAAUUAGAAAAAAAUAGGGUACUAAAGUUUUCAAAUUGGCCAAAGGGAUCAUACUCGUCAUACUUCAAAUUUUGCCUACGGAUAUUCGGGAACCUAAUGCAAUUUCGAUAGCCCAUUCAAUUAAAAACGAGACGACAUAUCAAGCAAUCUGAUCGAGGUUUUGUACACCGGAUCACCCUUAAUUUGUUUCCUUCAAGGUAUUAGUGAUCGUGUUGAAAAUUGUGCAACAUGCUAAUGAAAAAAAAGGAGUUAUUGAUUUUCGCAUAAAUUUGGAGGAAGAAGUUUCGAAUGAUGAUGUCACAUUUACUGUAGACCCCUCUUACCCCACCCCAGGCAUAUCUUGUAUUCAUCUCUGUGACCCCUCGACCAUUUUGACCCGUUCAAUCGAUGGCACUGAUAGAUCGGAAUUCAUGUAUAAAUAUUUCAUAUUGCAUUUUUUUGUUUGAUUUGCCUUGAAAUGUCCUUAUCAGCUGCAUUUUGAGACUGUUAUUUUAUUAAUAUCCUAGAAUUAUAAGUUCAGAAAAAUUAUUGGUUUAACAUAUUUAUUUAGCAGUUUUUACUCCGUAUUUCUUUCUUAAAAUGAAAUAUACGAGAGGAUUUAUUAAAUGUAUCUUCAGAAGAGUACAACUUCUUUAAAAAACAAACAUAUAAUGACUGAAUUAUAUGGGUAAUUUGAAGAAUAUCUGUAGUAUUCGUAGAAAUACACAGAUGGUAAGAAUAAAAAAUGCUAGACUAAAGUAGAAACAAUAUUGAUUAUAUCAUUGAAUUUUUGAGACAAUGGCUGUCACUUAGUUUGUGAGUUUGUUUACUAUGGCCGUUAACAAAAGUUUUUUCUGUGGUAUGAGUGUUGUUUAGCCGAAAUUACUUUUCCAUUUUGUCGUUGGCUUUCAUAUAGUCAAAGCCAAAUACUGGGACUCUUUGUUAAUGAACAACAGAUAGGAUGUGUCAUGUACUUAGUGCAGCUUUUCUUCUAAACUGAAUUAUAAAUUUGUUUGCAUUUAAUGUACCUUGCUUCUCUGUAAGUAAAUUUGUAAUAUGUUUGUUUUAAUGCGUUUCAUAGACGUGAUUUCCCUUUUCUGUCAAGAUCUUUAACAAUAUUGCACAUAUAUUUUGUAUACGAAAUAAAAAAUUAAAUGACAGCUGAAUC